AAUACAUUUGAGUCUCUCACCAAAUCUCAAUUUUAUAAAAAUUCAGUACAAUAAGCUUCACUCUCCUGUCACUUCCUACUUUCAGAAGAAGAUUGUACAAUGAAAGAGUACAAACCAAAAGAUCAUACUCUAAAUAGAGCAAAGAAUUUGUCCUUCUUUGCCUCUAUCUUCUCUCUUUUCUUCUAUCUUUGUGUCUUCUACGUCUUCAAUCUCUCUCCCUAUACUCUUCUCAACAACAACAUCUUUUGGUUUUUCAUGUCAAACACUCUCAUCCUCAUCAUAGUGGCUGACUAUGGAGCAUUCUCUUCAUCCAACAAAAAGAAACAAGACCUCUAUGAAGAGUAUGUGAAGCAUAGUUCUCAAGCAAGAAAUCACCAUGUCUCCCAACUUGUUCCAGAAUAUGAUGAACAAGUUGAUAAACAAUGCAUUAAUCCCAAAAAGGAGCUACAUGGUGAGAUUUUGCAGGAGAAGAAAGAAACUAUUUCUGAUCAGAUUGUUCCUGAACGUGUGUUGGAAAUUGUAGUGCAAAAUCAACCAAAGAAGCCUAGAGAACGUGCCAAUGAGAAAAAAUCACCAGAGCUUCAUUUGCAAUUAGAUGAUGAUGAUUAUUAUAAAGAACUUCAUGAGGAGAAAGCAAUAGUUCCUGCAAGAAUUUAUAGGCGCACUAAAUCUGAUAGACACAAUAGAGCCAAGCAUGAGAUGGAGAGAAUGAACCCAGUGAGAAGGUUGGAGAGUAUGAAGAAGGUGGAGCCAAAAGUUGAAGAAGAAGAAAAUGAGUUUUCUAGGAUGACAAAUGAGGAUCUUAAUAGGAGGGUAGAGGAGUUUAUUCAGAAAUUCAAUCGGCAGAUUAGACUCCAGGCAACAAUAAAUCAAUGUGCAUGAAAUUUAAUUAGAAGGGCUUCUAGGUGUUAAUUACAAUCACAUAGCUAGUAUUCCAAAAGUUUUGCAGUCUUGUACCUUUUGUACUUGUCUAAAUAAUCACAUGUUAGUUGCA